CGUGUACGUAACGUCGUCGAGUUGCAAACGUUUGCGGUAAAUCGCAAAUUAUUAGACCCAUAAGCAGCAGCAGUAGCAGCAGCAGCACUGGCAUCAGCAGCAGCAGCAGCAGCGGUGCAUUCAAACUUAAUUUGAAAACUGCGGGCACAUUUAAAAAUCGAAUCUCGUUUGGUCUAUGACAAUACAAACGCACUUUCUUCGCAACGCAUUAACCAGGUGCGUGUGCGUAUAGAGAGGAGAGAGCAAGAUAAAAAUAUAUAUUUAAGAGUAAGCGGCGCGAGUGUGUUUUUGUGUAUGUGUUAGUACGGUUGUUGCGCCUCAAAUUGAACACAUUGAACACACAAUUCAUAAAUCAAAUCAGUAAACGCGAGUGUGUUUAUUUUGUAUUUCGGUAAUUUGGUUCGACAACAAUAAAAGCAUUUCCCUAUGAUUGGCUCAUUCUGGAAUCUGUGCAGAGCGUGCCCAUCAAUGCCGGUAGACAAGCUCCAUUCGGAGUAUAGGAGCACUUAUCGUUGGCAUGAAUUUACGGGCAAUUCAAGGCCGGAGGUUGUGCGUCGGGCGCCAGCGCCAAAUCCCAGUCAAUUUGUUGGUCCGACAAAUGAGCCGCCAUUGCCACGACGAAAGAAAUGCCCGGAAUUAGCAUAUAAAUCGCAUGAGUUUAUUAUAGGAUCGGAAUAUACAGAUGCACGUCGAGAUGCCAGCGCGCAUCGUUCGGCAAGGUCGGAGGAGAGGGGCACACCUUCACGCCGUAGCAAAUCGGAAGGACCACCCGUUGUGCCCAAUGGACGAGCCUAUCCCGCUGCAACGGAGAUCGAUGGAACUACAAGUAAACAGGCGGGUGAGUCAAAUGGCCUAUUCAAAAAGACCAUCACAAAAUUGAGCACUGAGUAUCGCCUGCAAUUCGUUUGGCCGAAUGUCCGACGCAUUAAGGGCGCCGAUUCAAACGUAACGACGACGGCGAGGGCCGCGGCCGGUGACUACCCAAGAAAGUCAAUAUCAUUGGGCGCGAUCCGAUCGGGUCAGCCGGGCCAGCCGACGCACAGUCACACACAUCAAUAUCAAACGAUGGGUGCCGGCUUGCCAACGGUGCAUAAAAAACGUACAACAAAUCAGAAAGAAGCUACUCUGCAUGAGCUGGAGCCUUUGGUUAGCGAUACGGAUGAUAGAAAAACACACGAGAAACAAGUAAACUUUGUGGAGCGCAAAAUUGCCACACGUCCGUUUUCGCAAACAAUUGAUCAGGAGCGGCUCAAUCACUUCAUAACGAAAAAGGAGAACUUUGGAUUUGCAGCUGCUGCGGCUGCCAAGGAUGCCAAGGAUGAUAACAGGCAGCAGCCAUCGACAGCAGCAGCUGAUGUUACAGAUCAGGGUCAAGUGGUGGUCAUGAAUGGCACUGCACCGCCGCACUCAAAACCGAAUUUGGAUUUGUGGUUCAAGGAGAUGGUCGAGCUGCGCAAAAAAGCUGGCGAAUACAAGUGUCGCGGCUGGGGCAUAGAAAUCGAUCCGGAAUUGUAUAAGAAACAAAAGGAUUUAUGGGAUCAGGUUUCAAAGCGCAGUUCGCUUUCAGCAUUGUCAUUAGCAUCCACAGUCCAUAGACCCAUCACUAAAGAGGAGAAGGAGCAAGAGAAUAACAAAAAGUCGACGCCAUUGGAGAAAACGAUUCCGCAGAAGCCGCGAGUUCCUGGCCAAGCCUAUUUGAUUGAUAACAAAGAUGAGAUAUCUGCACUGCCAGCACGUUUUAACAAUAUACGUCAUCAUUUGGAACGCACCACGGGUCCGGAUGUUGAGGAAGGCGCCCUGCUGCCAUCGCCAACGCGCGAGAAACUCAUGCCUGCUAUUACUAAACGUGAAUCGGAAUCUCAGCGUGGCAGUCCCAAGAAAACGGCACUCUCACGACAUGGAUCGCCUCAAAAAGGCAGCCCCCAAAAGGGCAGCCCCAAGAAGGUCCUCAAAACACGCUCACAAUCUGUUGGUCCUGGCGUCGAGAAUGAGUCACCCAAGCGUCAGAUUCGCUCGGCGAGUCAAGCGCCCACGAGCCGUAAAAAGGCACCAACGGCGCCCUCUGCGACAUCGGCUGGAACUGAACGUAAGCCACGCCCAUCCACCUUAUCCACAACAUUCCAAUCCCGCAUUAAAAGUAGUUCCCUACCACCGCCUAUCGGUAAAGUAGCCGCAGCGCCAGCAGCAGCCGCAGCCGCAGCAGAAGCAACCGCAGCCGCAACAGCAGCAGCAACAUCCGCCCGAGCAACAGCAUCAUCCAAUGCUAAUCAUGCCAAUCAAUCACAUGUAUCACUAUGCAAGAGCUACAACAACAAAAAUAACAAUUAUGGCAACAAAAUUAAUAAAUCAUCAUCAUCAAGUCAACAACAGCAACAGCAGCAACAGCAACAGCAACAGAAGCAGCAACAACAGCAAAUGCGUAAGAAAGACAAAGAUAGAUCGAAUAUUAGUUGCAUUGGUAUUGGUAGUCAAGUUGGUGCUGGUAGCGGUAGCGGUAGUAGUGCAAAUAGUGCGAAGCAUCAACAAAACAAACAGAAGCAGCAGCAGCUACAACAGCAGCAGCGAAAGCAACAGCAACAGCAACAGCAACUACAACAAGUACAACAACAGCAGCACCAACCACAACAACAACAACUAUCAUCUGACAUGGCAGCAACAUCAGCAUCGACAUCAGUUCCAUCAGCAACAUCAUCCACGGCCCCGACCCGACCUGCCACCAUCAACAUCAAACGCCUUACGGUACCAGGUCAGGAUAGAAAAUUGGCUGAAAAUGAUUCCGAAGAUGGCCGUGAGACUGCCAUUUCAAUUUCCAGCUGCAGUCCACAGCCAGUGCCUGAGGUGCCCGACGAGCCAUUGGUGAAAUCGCCACCAGAGCCGACAAGGGUCAAGUCGCCUGAGCAGAUCAUAAUGCGCUCUCCCGAUCCAGUCAACUGGACGGUGCCCUUGGACACUGGCAAGACAUUUACGGUCACACAGAAUGUCAAAGAGGGCGAGAGUUACAGCCGACCACAGAGCGAGAUAAAAGCGUCAACACCGGUGGAAAAGCCACCACCGCCACCACAAUCGGCACCUCCACAACUAACCGAACAGGCUAAAAUGGACGCCUGGAAGUCCAGCAGCCCAACCACUAGCGCCGCUGCCUAUGGCAAAACAUUGACGCCAAUACAGCAACCGGGCGGCGCUGUGCGGUGCGAUGCCAACAAGCCGGGGCCGGAGCUGGCCAUGUCAUCAUCAUCAUCGACAGCGACUGCAUCCACAGCACGAUCGACAGCCGCCGAUGUGCUGGAGAAGGCUCGUGACCGAUUCGAUCGCUUCUGGGGCGGCACCAGCAACGCCAGCAAAGAGGAGAGUGUCUAAAGUUUCUAAAACAAGAUUCAAGUGCAAAAUGUAUUUGGCAAAAUAAUAAUAAUGAACAAAAAAAAAAAGUAAAUGAAAAGUAACAAUUACUAAAUUCAAUUAACCAAAUGAGCAAUACUCGUAAAUGAUGACACGUAAAGCCGCCUAAAGCAUGCAAUCCAUACUACUAAUAACUCCCUCUUACCCCUUUAGCAUCUUAACUAUGCUCCUCUUUGGCUAUGCUUAAUACAAAACAAUGGGCACUCGUAAAAUUGGAGAAGGCCCAAAAACAUAUAUUUGGCCAUUAUAUUUAUUUCGAAAAUUAACUUGAGCUCAUUCAUUUGGCUCAACAUAUUAGGUAUUUGAACGAUUCCAUUAGACGAAUAUAUAGUAAAGCGAGUCGAAUUAUUCUUGCCAAAUUUGAGAAACCUUAUUUCUAGCACUGCACGUGCACCUAUUGCCAUCUAUAAGGAAGAAAGCAUGGCUAUGUUCGGUAUGCCGAAGUUGAAAUACCCCUGCAAACAGUGCAAAAGGCAAUCGUCGUAAAUCGAUAUAUGAAUAUGGUAUUAGAAGCAUUCACAUCAUACUAUAGAUACGUAUAUUAUUAGCUCUGAAAAGAAUAAAUGAAAUUGUAUGCAAGGGUAUUCGAACGACUAUGUAAACUUACUUUCACUGCCUAGUCCCAAGAAAUAAAGACAGAUUUUUUGCGAAACUCACAUAAGCUAUUCCAAUAAUCACACAAUCUUUUCAAUAUUUCCAAAUCAUUCAAAUAUGUAAUACACGAAGAGUAAAAACAAAUUUAAAAGAAGAAAAUAACAAACGAAAGGACAACAUCACCGCAGAGACCCGUCCAAAAAAAGAGAACAACAUAAAAAAGUGUUUUAGGAGAAAACCUCAAAUUUUUGUAAUUUUCAUUAAAUGAAACAAUAAGCAAACACAGGAAAUCCAAUGGCAAUACGCUGAGUAUGGUAUAUUGGGUAAUGCAUAAGGUGAUCUAAGCCUAAUACGCUGAUCCGACAAAAUAAAACACAAUUUGAAAAUAGAUUUUGCACAUGAACUACAAAUACAACAAAAAUGAUAUUAACGAUAUUUUAAGAACAUUUUGGCAAUGAUGGUUAUAAACACACACACACACACACUCUCUAAUAUACACUCACACAAAGUACUGUAAUACACAAAAAUGCGAUAUGUUAUAAGAUAAUUAAAAUACUCGAAGGAGUUCGAUUUGCGAGCAUCAGCUUUAAGGAUCUGUGAAACUAGUUUGCGACAUACAUUUAUGAUAUGUGUAUUAAGUAAUAGACCUAAUUAUACCGAAAAACACUCAAAAAAGUUUUAGUAAAUUAAAAACGCUGUUCGCUACUGAAAGGAAAAGUUCUUAAAUGCUUUCCAAAGCACCAAUUGUUGAAGCACUGGAAAAGUGAUUUGCUUAACGUAUGCAAACAGCGUAUUAAUAUUUCUGAGUACAAACAAACCAUAUUUGAAUUACGAGUAUAUAACAUUUUGAUAAUUUGCAAGCAAUUUUCGAGCGAAAAUAUAAGUUUAAACGUUAAUUUAGUGUCAUUAAUUUCAAUUCACAAAAUUUAAUGCCUAAUAUGUAGAUUUAAAAGAAUAUAACUGAAGUUAAAAUUUCACUACCAAUAAGUUUGUGAUUAACUUCAGUAUUGAGCUUAAUUGUUGCUUCUUGCAUAAAAAUAUUUAUAUACAAAUUAAAAACAAAUACAAAAAAAAAGAAAACAAAACAAAAGCUUCAGUGUAUUUAUUAAACCGUUAAAAUAUGUAUUUUUAUAUCUUUUUCAUUGAUGGGCUUGUCUGUUAGUUGGAAAUGUUGAGUUCAAAACCAGUUGAAAUCCGUGUUAUCCAAUGCCCCUUAAUACCGUGAACUCCCAACAUUUGUUUAUUAUGCGCAAUCUAUGAGAUUUCAUAUAUGUAUGAAUGAACUUAGUUAUGUGUAUUUGAAAAACUCAACUGAAACAUGCAUUAGUUACUGACGAAUAUAAAGCAAAAAUAGCUUAAGCCUUGGAAAAAAAUAGAAUCAGAAAAGAGAGGCACACACACACAUAGACACAGAUAUCUACAAAUACACAUUUCUCUAUUUCCAGUUACAAUUUGAUAGAAUGACAACAUUUAAACUCAUUUAGUUUUAACUAUCGUACUUAACCAAUUUUAGGCAACUAUAAUAUGAACCUAAUAAAGAACAAAUUGGAUAUACAAUAUAUUCUAGCUUGUUUACAGCGUGAAAUGUAUACAAACAAGUUAUAAAUUAUACCACACUGUACGAUCUAUAUGAAAUUCAAGCUAAAGUGGGCAGAUAGGAUCGUAAGGAUCAGUCAGAUGGAAAUAUUUGCAUUUUGUUUGAAUAUCGAACGAUAUAUUUUAAAAAUUUACCUAUCACGUAUAAAAAGCCCCGCAUUUUAAAAUAAAAAAGACACCAGAAAAACACGCAAUAAAUAUUUAAUAAAACCAACAUAAAAUCUAAUAGAUAAUUUUGCCAUAAUUGUCAUAAAUGAAAAACCAAAGGCACACCAAAUAGCCUUGAAAAUGCAUGAGAAAAACACUAUAAAAGGAAAUUUAAACCCUAUGUACCAACUUUAAAAUGAAUACCUACAUAAUGUGUAACAGAAACUUAUAAAAA